AUGUCUUGGGAUAUCGAUCCAACACGUUCACUGCUCUAUUAUGAAUCGAAUGACAAUGCAUCAUUCUAUGCAUAUCAAAAUCAGCGUUAUCGUCCGCGAUUCGUUGAACCUGUUGCUGGAUCACUAGAAUCGGAUGCUCGUGAAGCUUGUAACAUUCCGAUGAACGCUACUAGCUCAUCUGAAUGGUCUCCAGUUCAAAGAACUUGCUAUUACGACAGUGCUGUCAUCGGAGAUAUUGAUUUUGGCCUUGUCUCACGUCAAGCUGCAUAG